AUGGAAGUAUGUUGCCUGCUGUGCCGUGAGUGCUCACAGUUCCAUUCUGGGCCCUGCUGUCAGACCUACACCAUGGGCACAUCCCAGAGCAUGACAGAGAUGCUGCUCCCCCCAGAGCUCAAGUGCCAUGCUGGCCACCCACUGCUAUUUUUGAUGCUCUUUGCCAGCAUGCUGGUGACUUGGCUUGAGGCUGCUAAACUCACUGUGGGCCUCCAGGCCCCCUGGAACAUCUCCAAUCCAUUCAGUGUGCAAAGGCUGGGUGCAGGCCUCCAGAUGGCCAUCGACAAGGUCAACUCAGAGCUGGCUCACCUGGAAAACUUUAACUGGGCGCUCACUUACACCAACUUAGGUUGCAGUGCCAAGGAGGCCCUUACUACUUUUAUUAACCAGGUCGAGAGAGAACAGAUUUCUGCUCCAUUUGGACCAGCAUGCCUGGAAGCAGCAGAGGUUAUUGGUUUGCUGGCCUCUGAGUGGAACAUCCCCGUGUUUGACUUUAUUGGGCAAAUGGCAAAACAGGAGAACCACUUCUUGUAUGACACUUGUGUGAAACUCAUGCCACCUGUGCAGGAAAUUGGUGAUGUGCUCCAGAAAAUUCUCCAGUACUUGGGUUGGAAACAUAUUGGGGUGUUUGACAGACACUUAGGGGCUUCCUCGUGGAAUGGAGUAGGUGAGCCAUGGAGGGUUGUAGAAAAUACUCAAAUCCCAAUCACCAUCACUGCCCGUGUGAGAUACACCAACAAUGAUCCAGCCCUUCUUCAAGAGAAUCUUAGGAACUUGUCAUCAUCUGCCAGAGUUAUCAUCUUGAUCUGCAGCUCACAAGAUGCGAACUUGAUUCUGCUGGCUGCAGAGAACCUGGGACUGAACACAGGAGAAUUUGUCUUCAUCAUUUUGCAGCUGUUUGAGGACAGCUUUUGGAAGGAGAUAUUGACAAAUUAGAAGGUGACACACUUCCCAAAAGUCUAUGAGUCAGUGUUUCUCAUCACCCUCAGCUCCUACGGAGAAAGCCCUGGAGAUGCAGGUUUCCAGAAACAAGUCUACCGAAGGCUGAGGAGGCCACCCUUCAACAGCUCCAUUUCCUCAGAGGAGCAGGUGAGCCCUUAAUCUGCCUACCUUCACGACGCAGCCUUGCUCUAUGCUCGGACUGUGGAGAAGAUGAUAAAGGCCGGGAAAGAUUUCCGGGCUGGGAGGCAGCUGGUCCGCACUCUGAAGGGUUCUAAACAGGCUGUACUGCAGGGGAUUACAGGCCCUGUGUUUGUGGACUCCUGGGGAGAAAAGCACAUGGAUUACUUGGUCUAUGUCUUACGGAAAUCCAGAAACGGGUCUGCUCUUCUUCCCUUCCUUCACUAUGACAGCUAUCAGAAAGUAAUCAGGUGUGACUGCUGUGACUCUCGUGCUGAUGAUCCUGAUGACUGUUUUAGGCUCUGCCAGCGCAUCUGGUGGCAAAUCAAUUACAAAGACAUCAUCAUUCUGCCCCAGAACAAGCUAUCCCAGAGAGGCACACCUGUGUCGAGAGGGAACCACAGUAACGGGUCUAGAGUGAUGAUUUCUGGGGACCUCGCCUCCUUUGUCAAAAGCCAGCAGGGAGAAGAGCUCUUUUGUGCCCCAGUAGGGCUUUACCAGGGAAACCAUGUAGCCAUCCGCUAUGUGGGUGAGCAAACCGAAGCCUGGGUUAGGAAACCAUCUGUACUGCAGGAAACUUGGCUGAUGUGUAAAUUAAGGCAUGACAACUUUAUUCCUUUUUUUGGUAUUUGCAUGGAACCACCCGAUGUCUGCAUUGUCGCACAGUAUCUCAGGAAAGGAAGUCUGAAGGAUGUUUUGAGAAACUCAGAUAUUAAAAUGGAUUGGCUAUUCAAGCUCUCAUUUGCAUAUGACAUAGCCAAUGGCAUGGUGCUUCUCCACAGAAGCCGGCUGAGAUCUCACGGCAACCUGAAGCCUUCCACCUGCCUGGUGGACGCACACGUGCAGGUGAAGCUGUCAGGAUUUGGCCUGUGGACACUCAAGUAUGGAUGGACAGAUAGGACAUACAAUGAGAGAAGAAUGGACUAUGCAGAGAUCUAUUGGACCGCCCCCGAGCUGCUGCAGCUCCCAGAGACACCCUGCGCGGGAACCCUAAAGGGGGUUGUUUACACCUUUGCCAUUCUGAUGAGGCAGCUGAUCUACCACUAGGACUGUGGAUUCUUUGACGACCUCAACACAGGACCCAAAGAAACCAUCAACCAAAUCAAAAACCCUGCAGUAGCAGUUCCGCUGAGGCCUUCCCUGUCAGAGGAGAGGGGCGAUGCAGACAUCGUGGCCAUGGUGAGGGUGUGUUGGGAUGAAUCUCCAGAGAAAAGGCCCACUUUCUCUUCGAUCCAGAAAAUUUUACGAGAAGCCAGUCCUAAAGGCCACAUGAGGAUACUAGAUAGUAUGGUGAGCAAGCUGGAAGUGUACACCAGUCACCUGGAGGAGGUGGUGGAAGAGAGGACCAAUCAGCUGCUGGCAGAGAAGAGGAAAGUGGAGAAGCUUCUGGCCACGAUGUUGCCCAGCUUCAUGGGAGAACAGCUCAUAGCUGGGAGGUCCGUGGAACCGGAACACUUUGAGUCCGUGACGAUCUUUUUCUCCGACAUUGUUGGAUUCACAUAACUGUGUUCUCUCAGCUCCCCUUUGCAAGUUGUUAAGUUCCUUGAUGACCUGUACACCUUAUUCGAUAGUAUCGUUAAGACGUAUGAUGUGUACAAGGUUGAAUCCAUUGGAGAUGCAUAAAUGGUGGCUAGUGGGCUUCUCAUUCACAAUGGGAUCCGGCAUGUGGAUGAGAUCGUCACAAUGUCCCUGCACUUCCUCAGUGCCACUGUCCACUUCCAGAUUGGGCACAUGCCUGAGGAGAAGCUCAAACUCCAGAUUGGUCUCCACACAGGUCCCGUGGUGGCUGGGGGAAUCACCAUGCCCAGAUACUGUCUGUUUGGAGACACUGUGAACAUAGCAUCCAGAAUGGCAAGCAGCAGUUUGCCUCUGCAGAUUCACGUCUCUCAGAGCACUGCAGGAGCCCUGCUGGCACUGGGAGGAUAUGACUUGAAAAAGAGAGGCACCAUUCCAGUCAGGGGCAAAGGAGAACAAACUACUUAUUGGCUGAAAGGCAAAGAAGGCCUCACUCUUCUGCUCCCUGAGUUUACUGAGGAAGAAACUAAAGCCCCUGAGAUCUUCUGA